UGUCAUUUCUGCCAAGAUGAGAGAACUCUCAACUCCGUCCAUGGCUUGGUAGAAACGUUUGCUUAAUUCUUCGUCUUCUUUGUUCCACUCCGUAUUUGCCUCUCUCCAUAUUUGUUUUUCUCCUACCUUCAUCUUCGUCGUAUUUAACUGGAAAACUUGAUAAUAAAGGCAAAAAAAGAAAAAAAAAAUGAACCGAAGAUUCGGAGGAGGAAAGCAGCCAACAGGAACUCCAUCAAUGGCUUGGUCUACUGCUGUUGUCGUUGUUUCCCUCCUUGCUGGUGCCUCCGUUGUUCACAACUUUUUCAAACCUGAUCUGACUCUGCCUCCAUUAGAAAGCAUUGAUGGAAUCAAGCAGAAAGAGGUGGAGAAACAGUAAUCUUUUGUUCUAUUCAUUUAAGUUCGAUUAAAUGGAGUAUCUCUGAAAACAUAGCACCCACCCCUUUGUGUAGGUUGGAAUUUUAGCACUUGAAACUAAACGAUGUUGCAAAUGACAUCUCUUUACUGAAUAUUGUUUUUCUUCGACAGAUCAGUUCUUAGUAGUUCAAACCAAACGACCCCUUGGAUUUAUAUAGACAUAGUCGAAUGAAGUAUAAGUGAUCAUUUUAGUGAAGUGGGUGUAACAACUUGUCAACUUUUUCUCUGUGUUGCCUAUUAUAUAUCGAGUUCGUCCAUUAAAUGUGCCUGAGUCGUCUGUGAACGUACUCUAUAUGUGGAAUUCCGAGUACAUGGUUCCUUCAGCUAUUUUAUCAUUGGGGAAAUGGUGAAUUAUAUCCCCUCCGCAAAACGAAAUAUGUUAAUUA